CUCUCUGGGCUGUGCUGGCUGUUGCCGGGGCAGGAUUCUUUGCCGCCCCUUCUCCGUUUCUCCGUCGUCCCGAGGACUAAAUCUCUUUGGAAAGUCACUGACCCGCUCACAGAAAGGAGACAAAAUACUCAAGACCCUUCAAUUUCCUUUCAGUGGACACCGAGCCUGGCAUCCGCGGCAUCCGCUGUUGGCAGUUUUGUCAGGAGUUUUCUACCGUGAAAAAUGGCUACUGGACAGGAUCGGGUGGUUGCUCUUGUGGACAUGGACUGUUUUUUUGUUCAAGUGGAGCAGCGGCAAAAUCCUUAUUUGAGAAAUAAACCUUGUGCAGUUGUACAGUACAAAUCGUGGAAGGGUGGUGGAAUUAUUGCAGUGAGUUAUGAAGCUCGUGCAUUUGGGGUCACUAGAAACAUGUGGGCAGAUGAUGCUAAGAAGUUAUGUCCAGAUCUUCUACUGGCACAAGUUCGUGAGUCCCGUGGGAAAGCUAACCUUACCAAGUACCGGGAAGCCAGUGUUGAAGUGAUGGAGGUAAUGUCUCGUUUUGCUGUGAUUGAACGUGCCAGCAUUGAUGAGGCUUAUAUAGAUCUGACUGAUGCUGUACAAGAGAGACUACAAAAGCUGCAAGGUCAACCCAUCUCGGCAGACUUGUUGCGAACCACUUACAUUGAAGGUUUGCCCCAAGGCUCUACAACAGCAGAAGAGACUGUUCAGAAAGAGGAGAUGCGAAAACAAGGCUUAUUUCAAUGGCUUGAUUCUCUUCAGAUUGAUAACACCACUUCUCCAGACCUAAAGCUCACCGUGGGAGCAGUGAUUGUGGAGGAAAUGAGAGCAGCCAUAGAGAGGCAGACUGGUUUUCAGUGUUCUGCUGGAAUUUCACACAAUAAGGUCCUGGCAAAACUGGCCUGUGGAUUAAACAAACCCAACCGCCAGACCCUGGUUUCACAUGGGUCGGUCCCUCAACUCUUCAGCCAAAUGCCCAUUCGCAAAAUCCGUAGUCUGGGAGGAAAGCUAGGGGCCUCUGUCAUUGAAAUCCUGGGAAUAGAAUACAUGGGUGAACUGACCCAGUUCACUGAAUCCCAGCUCCAGAGUCAUUUUGGGGAGAAGAAUGGGUCUUGGCUAUAUGCCAUGUGCCGAGGAAUUGAACAUGAUCCAGUUAAACCCAGGCAACUACCCAAAACUAUUGGCUGUAGCAAGAACUUCCCAGGAAAAACAGCUCUUGCUACUCGGGAACAGGUACAAUGGUGGCUUUUGCAACUAGCCCAGGAAUUAGAGGAGAGACUGACUAAAGACCGAAAUGAU